AUGUCUUGGAAGCGUGGCCGGUUGGGCGAGGGACGCGAGCCGCGGAAAGUCAAAAACUGGUCCGUCGACGACGUCUGCGCCUUCCUCAGCUCUGUGAGGCUGGAGGCACAUGCUCCUCGCUUCGCUGCGGAGCAGGUCGACGGCCUCCUCCUCGAGGAAUGUGUCGCGGCGUGCGCUCUCGCUCAACUCGGCAUCGACGACUCGCUCGAGGUGGCCAAGCUGCGCGCCGGGCUGCGCCGAUGCUCGCAGAAUUCCCUCACCACCUCCCCAGCUCUCGCUGCUGCCACGCUGGGCGGCGAGGCGGCGCAGGGCGAGGCGGCCGCCGACGUGGGCGGGGGCGGAGGCGCAGGCGGCUACGAGUCGCCCGUGGACGAGGCGUCGGAGGGCCUUGGCACCCCUCCGGCACCUAUGGUGCACCCAUCGGGCACCCUUGGCGUGUCUGUGGGCGGCUCGACUGGCGGCGAGGUGGAGGCGGCUGCUGCGGCGGCGGCGAUGGACGACGACGAUGAGGAGGGCGCGGCGGUGCUAGACGAGGCAGCGGCAAAGGUCGCCUGCCGUGAGGUAAUUCAGCAUACCAACCCCUUCGGGUCGGCGACCGCCUCCACCCGGCUCAGCAGGCCACCGCUCACUGCCCCACUACAGGGGUGGUUAGCUCGUGCCAACCCUCGAUCUGGGAUCGCGCUGCGAGACUUUGGGCUCUGCAGACCACCCUCAGCCUCGUCUGACGUCUUUACUCUAUUGGUUUUCCUCUUCAUCGUCUACGCCAACUGGCGCGGCGGCGGCGCCGCUGCGUUCCCUCGUGGAGCCCGUGGACUCCCGUCGCAGCGCAAGAAGGCUCCGCUCGAGUGGGCGAGCGCUGCGGCUGCGUGCGGGCGGGUGAUGGAGCGGGCAUAUUGGCAUCUUCCCGAGCCAUCUCUCGGGGGCAACGCGACGGAAUACUUGCCCGACGGCAGCUGGGGCGGCUGGGAGGAAUUCAUUGACGGGGUGUUGUGCGAGGUGGUGUAUGCGCUGGAUAAGCAGCUGCGCUGGAUCGAGAAGAACAUCCAGCCCGGCACAAAGCGCGUGCAGGCGCGCUUGCGGGCGCAGGAUCUCGCGAUGAAGAACGGCGACAACCAGCGGGUGGUGGAGGCGCGCCCGGCUGGGACCAUGCUCGUCCAUGUCAAGUCACAGAGUAGAAAAUCAGGGCUGCAGCAGCAAUCAAACUUGGCUGGCAGUACUUUCAUCCCUCAGUUGCAGCCUCUCAAGUUCUAG